AUGCCUACACGCUAUGUGUCUGCUGUACCAGACGAAGAGGUUAGAUCUCUUCCACUUAGAGUGGAAGUGAAAAACUACUCCGGUAAGGAGGGUGAGAACCUCAUCCUCUGGAUCCGUAAGAUUGAGAUGGCCAUGACAUCAGGCCUGAUCACGAUUGACCAUCAACAGGUCUCGCUGGCUAUCUCGAAGCUCGAUGGAAGAGCUAGAGAAUGGGCCUCGACGUGUAGCACGUCGGUGGACAUAGCGUUUCGCUCAUGGGAGUCGCUCAAGUCACAAUUGGUACAGGUGUUUUCUCCACCUAACCAGGCUUACCGCGUGCGGUCACGCUUUUUGGCUCCCCGCCAGGGUAAGAAUGAAUUAUCGGACUAUGUCCAAGAGCUGCGAACGCUCAUGGCUGCAAUGCAGUUUUACUCUCUGCUCGAGACAGUUCAUGUGACUAUCUUCGUGGAAGGUCUGCGUACUGGAAUUGCCAGAACCGAAGUUUUUCGGGUUCACCCCUCUACGUUCGAAAAGCCGUGGGAAUUGCUCUUAGUGCUGAGCAUUACGUCAAGUCGGCCAGGCUUGGCUAGAAUGGGUGCAACCCUAGCUCUGCGAGAGAUACUCCACAAGUGGUCCGGCCUUAAACAGACCGGAACCGAUGGAUCUCAUCUGUGCUGA